UUUUCUUUUUAAGCUAACAUAACAUAACAUGAAUGUAAUUUACGAACCUACCUACCUACCCGAGAAACCCAUACUAUGUAGAUCCAUCCAUAAAAUUAAAGAUAAACAAUAAACAUUAGCUUAAACAAAAAGCAAGAGACAAUAUUGCACAAAAUUAUAAUCGUCUCUCUCUAACUCUCUUGUUGGAACAUCUAGAAAUUUAGAUCCAAAAAACAGUGUCUUGUUCUAAUUCAAGCUAUGAACUUAAGAGAUGGAAGUGGAAUUUCUUUAUUAUUGUUAUUGUGCUUAGCAACUAUGUCUCAAGUGUUUCUAAAAGCAGAGGCUGUGUGGUUGAGCAUUCCUAAUUCGGGAACUAAGUGCUUGUCUGAAGAAAUCCAAACAAAUGUGGUCGUUUUAGGUGAUUACUAUGUUGUAACUGAAGAAGGUCCCCAGCUUCACACAGUUUCUGCCAAGGUAACAUCUCCUUAUGGAAUGACCCUUCACCAUAAUGAAAAUGUUACACAAGGACAGUUUGCAUUUACAACUACUGAGAGUGGAAACUACGAGGCGUGCUUUUGGAUGGACGGAAAACAUCAAGAUGGUGCAACCGCAAGUGUCAGCAUUGAUUGGAAAAUUGGAAUUUCAGCAAAGGAUUGGGACUCUGUUGCAAAGAAAGAAAAGAUUGAGGGAGUUGAACUCGAAAUCAGGAAGCUUGAAGGAAUAGUGGAAGCCAUCCACGGUUAUCUAAUUUAUUUGAAGGAUAAGGAAGCAAAGAUGAGGGAAGUUAGUGAAAGAACAAAUGGUAGAGUUGCUUGGUUUAGCAUCAUGUCUCUUGGUCUUUGCAUUUUGGUUUCCGCGUUGCAACUUUGGUAUCUGAAGCACUACUUUCGAAAGAAAAAACUCAUAUAGAUAUUGCUAUGUGUCUGACUUCUCAACACAAUACAUUUUUCUCAAGUUUAUUUAGAAUCUAGGAUGAAUUUUACGUUGUAUAGUUAUUUGUUUGUUGUUGCUUUUCAUAGGAUGUUGAUUAACCAUCUAGAUUCUAAAAAACUUGAGAAUCAUCCUAGAUGAAUUUUUUCAUAGUUUUAGAAUCUAGGAUGUUGAAUGGCUAGCCAUUGGUUAUAAUUUGGAAAAAUGCAGAAAGUAUGCGAGAAAACUAGAACAAAAGAAAGUUGUCGAGAAUAAAAUUUAGCAAAUUUAUAUUGCCAACGGAGAUAAACUUUAUACAUAAAUGGUGAUACCUAAGAUCAUCAAGGUUUUCAAAAUCUUAUAUGGACCUACAUCUUGGAAAAACUAAGGAUACCACGGGCUGUCCUCAAAAGGAAGAAGGAAGCUGCAACAACAAAAAUGAUGUUGGCUUUAACUCCAUGAAUUUAAUUGACAAGACUAAUAUUUGACUCAUCUUAGACACGUGUACUCAAAAAAAUGUUGCAAAGCAAUGAUGACCAACGAAAGGUUCAAAGACAGUAAAUUUAA